AUGGUCCCAUGGAUAUUUUUUCUAUUACUCGUCGCUGUCGAUGCGGAUCACUUCUACAAAGGUUACAAAUUGGUGGAAGUCUCAGCACGAAAUCGACGAGAUUUGGCCGCGCUGAGCAAGCUGUAUACCGAGCAUAACGUUGACUUCAUACGAAAAGCUCGGCAAACCGGCCAAAAAGCUGUUCUGCUACUCUCCCCGCCAGAGGUCGACCAGGUCCUCCAUCGUUUGAACGCUACUGGCUCAGCGUUUCGGGUUUCAGAGGCGCGCUUCACGGCAGAGCCUGCAUCAUCUCGUCAACGGCGCUCUAUCGCAUCGGCGCCUCUGCAAAAUGGGGAGAAGAAGCGAGCAUUUGCCCUCGAUGACUACCACGAUUAUGAUGAGCAAGUAGACUUCAUCACCGAUGUUGCGACAGCUCAUCCGGACUUUGUGAAGCUCGACGUCAUGGGACAAAGUUGGGCUCGACGCGAUAUCAAAUACUUGACGAUAGGAUACCCAGCGGCUUCUCAAAAACCGGCAUUCUUCAUCGAUGCCGGUAUACAUGCGAGGGAAUGGAUUGCCCCUGCAACUGCGCUGUGGAUAAUUAACGAGUUGACGAAUUCGACCAAAUACAAGGCGCUUCUCCAACAAAUUGAUAUCAUCAUAGUUCCGAAUCUGAAUCCUGACGGUUAUACCUUUACUCGACGAGGAGCCAGAAUGUGGCGAAAAAACUUAACACCCCAAUCGACCGGCUGCUACGGUGUUGACUUGAAUCGCAACUUUCCCUAUUAUUUCGGGUAUUCUGGGGUUGAAAAUAACCAGUGCAGUGAAAUCUGGCCUGGCCCUAACGCUGCAUCCGAGCCAGAGACGAAAACAUUGAAGAGUUAUCUGGAUCAAAAUAAGGACCGGAUAAAGGCCUAUGUGACCCUUCACAGUUAUGGACAGAACUGGGUAUACCCAUGGGGAUAUGCCAGUCAUACCUAUCCCGCUGAUGUUCAGGAUUUGAUUGAUUUGGGAAAUGCAGCUAGCGCCGCGAUAGCAAAAGUUCGCGGGACGAAGUACAACGUUGAGAACUCAGCUGACGGCAUGUACCCGGCAGCAGGGGCUUCUGACGAUUACGCCAAGAGUAUUGGGAUCAAAUACGUCUACACAGUGGAACUGCCCCCAGGAGACAAUGAUUCUCAAUAUGAUUUCAUUCUACCGACGUGUCGAAUCAUCCCUUCCGCGUCAGAAGUUUUUCAAGGACUACUUGUUGUUGCGGAAAAGGUUGCUUGUCUC